UUUUUCCACAAUUUUUUCAAACAAACCGCUCGGAAUUCCUUGAUUCAUUCCCUCCUUUAUUUUGGAGCCAAAUUCUUGAAAUCUGCUUCCUGUAUAAAACGCAUUUCAGCUUCAAAUUUAGUUUCAUUUGUUUAUUCAAAAAUCUUGCCGGAAAAUCAGAUACUUUUUCAUCAAACUCCGGAUUCGUGUUCUUUAUUUCGGUUUAGAUAAUGGGGACGGCGAGUUUAUUAGAAUCAGAAGAAGGUGGUGCGGUGAAACCAACAGAAAUGAAGAAAAAAGGAAAACAAGUUAAAGCAACAACUGAGAUGUCUGAUGUUACAGUGGAUCUUAAAACAAAGGCAGCUACCAAACCUAAACAAAAACGAGGAAGGUCUGGCAGCAGUGAGGAUGUUCCUGUUUCUAGGAAAAUGCCAAAGCGAGCUGCUUCAUGUACUAAUUUUAAGAGCAAACCGCUGCGCUUGUCAGAAAAAUCUGCAACAAUUGAGAACAAAAAGGUUCAAGUGGUGGAGGAAGAAAUAGCAGCCAUAAGUUUGAUAGCUGGCCCAGAUGAUCCACGGCCCAAUAGAAGACUGACAGAUUUUGUCUUUCAUGAUGCUGAUGGAAUGCCACAGCCUGUUGAAAUGCUAGAAGUCGAUGAUAUAUUCAUCUCUGGCAUAAUAUUGCCAUUGGAGAAAGCUUCAGAGAAAGAGAAGGAAACAGGAGUCCGUUGUGAUGGAUUUGGGCGUAUUGAAGAUUGGUCAAUAUCUGGUUAUGAAGAUGGCUCUCCAGUCAUUUGGAUCUCUACAGAGCUUGCUGAUUAUGACUGUGUUAAGCCUGCAGCAAGCUAUAAGAAACUAUUUGGGCUUUUCUAUGAAAAAGCUCAUGCAUGUGUUGAAGUCUACAAGCGGUUGUCAAAAUCUGCUGGGGGUAACCCAGAGUUAAGCCUUGAUGAAUUACUUGCUGCACUUGUCCGCUCGAUGAGUGGGAGUAAGAAUUUCCCUCAUGGGGCAUCUAUUAGGGACUUGAUCAUUUCGUGGGGAGGGUUCAUUUUUGAGCAACUCGUUGGGUUGGAUGAGGCACCUAAUGGUACUGAUCAGCCCUUUGUUGAAAUACCUGUGCUUGCUGCACUGAGGGAUGAAAGCAAAAAAGAUGAAGAGUGUGCAGGCAUGAAUGUUCCACCUGGAGGAUUAAUGAAUGCACCUUUGAAGAUUUCAGAUGGAGAAAAAGCAAGCAAGUCUAAUGGACCUAAACCUGCUGUUGAUGAAGAUGAAGACAUGAAGUUGGCAAGAGUUUUGCAAGAAAAUGAAAAUUGGCAAGCAUUGAAACAGAAGAAACGACAAAGAACAUCUACUUCAUCAAGCAAGUUAUACAUUCAAAUAAAUGAAGAUGAGAUAGCAAACGACUAUCCGCUUCCUGCAUAUUACAAAACCACUGCCCAAGAAACAGAUGAGUACAUUAUCUUUGAUGACUUUGAUACGGUUGACCCUGAUCAGCUUCCAAGAAGCAUGCUUCACAACUGGUCACUAUACAACUGUGACUCAAGGUUGAUUUCCCUAGAGCUUCUUCCUAUGAAGCCAUGUGCAGAUAUUGAUGUCACAGUGUUUGGGUCAGGGAUAAUGACAGCUGAUGAUGGAAGCGGAUUCUGUCUUGACAAUGAAGCUGGCAGUGCUUCCGGUUCCUCUGGUGUACAAAAUGAAGAUGGGAUCCCUAUAUACUUGAGCGCUAUAAAGGAGUGGAUGAUUGAAUUUGGAUCAUCAAUGGUUUUCAUUUCCAUUCGAACGGAUAUGGCCUGGUAUAGACUAGGAAAACCAUCAAAACAAUAUGCUCCUUGGUAUCAAACGGUUCUGAAGACGGCAAGGCUUGCCAUUGCCAUCAUCACAUUGCUGAAAGAGCAAACCCGGGCAUCAAAGUUGUCAUUUUCUGAAGUCAUAAAGAGAUUGUCUGAAUUUGACAAGAACCACCCUGCUUACAUAUCUUCUAACCCUGCAAUUGUGGAAAGGUAUGUAGUUGUUCAUGGACAAAUUAUUUUGCAACAAUUUGCGGAGUUUCCAGAUGAUACAAUCAGGAGGAGUGCUUUUGUGUCUGGUCUUGAGGAUAAAAUGGAGGAAAGACAUCACACCAAAUGGUUAGUGAAGAAAAAAGCAAUCCUGACAAAGGCAGAAAAUAUGAACCCAAGAGCAGCAAUGGGGCCUGUGAUCUCAAAGCGAAAGGCAAUGCCUGCUACAACAACACAGUUAAUCAAUAGGAUCUGGGGAGAGUUUUACUCAAAUUACUCACCUGAAGAGGUAAAGGAGGGUGAUUCUCUAGAUGCGAAGAAAGACGAAGAAGAGGAGGAACAGGAAGAAAAUGAGCAGGAAGAUUGUGAAGAGCCUGAAGAAGAGAACCCCAUUCUUCCGCAGGAACCUGAGAAACCUUCCCCUGCAUCAAAGCAAAAGAAAACUAGGUGCUCAAAAACAGACAUCAAUUGGGUGGGACAAGCGGUUCGGAAGAUGUGUGAUGGCAAGGCUCUUUAUAAAGAGGCUGUUAUUCGAGGAGAGGUGGUUGCUUUAGGUAGUUCAGUACUGGUGGAAACAUCUGGUUCAGAGGAAGAUUCUAUUUAUUAUGUAGAAUACUUGUUUGAAGACUCUGACUCUAGAAAAUUUGUACAUGGGCGGUUGAUGUUAAGAGGUCGGCAAACUGUUCUUGGUGACAUAGCAAAUGAGAGGGAGGUAUUUUUGACUAAUGAUUGCAUGGAAUUUGAACUUGAUGAUGUCAUACAAACUGUGGUGGUACAAAUCAGAACACUGCCUUGGGGUUUUGAGCAUCGCAAGGCUAAUGCCAAUUUUGAUAAGAUGGACAGAGCAAAGGCUGAAGAUAGGAAAAAUAAAGGUCUGCCCAUUGAGUUUUACUGUAAGAGUUUAUAUUGGCCUCAAAGAGGUGCUUUCUUUUGUCUACAAACAGACAAAAUGGGCCUUGGAAAUGGGGUUUGUCACUCCUGUGAAUUCAUGGAAGCUGAAAAGAAAAAGGAGGCUUUUGUACUGGAUGAAUCCAAGACGGGCUUUACAUACAUGGCAACUGAGUACCAUGUUGAUGAUUUCCUAUAUGUUGGUCCUCAUCACUUUGACACAGAUGAGAGGGGAAAUGAAACUUAUAAAGGUGGGAGGAAUGUAGGCCUUAAAGCAUAUGUUGUGUGUCAAUUGCAGCAGAUUGAAGCCCCAAAGACUUCAAAACGAGCUGAUCCUGACUCAGUAAUGGUCCAAGUUAGGAGAUUUUACAGACCUGAGGAUUUGUCUUCAGACAAAGCAUACCGGUCUGAUAUUCAAGAGGUAUAUUACAGUGAACAAGUGCAUAAGUUGCCAUUAUCAGCUAUAGAAGGAAAGUGUGAAGUUAGAAGGAAGAAAGAUCUUUCUUCUCUGGAUAGCACUUAUAUCUUUGAGCAUGUCUUCUUUUGUGAACGUCUUUAUGAUCCAGCUAAGGGAUCUCUUAAGCAGCUACCUGUUCACAUUAAGCUCACUCCCCCAAAAGAAAGCUUGGUGAGUGAUGCUGCAAUUAGAAAGAGAAAAGGAAAGUCUAAAGAAGGAGAGAAUGAUGUUGAUAUGAUUGACAACCAAGAGAGCUCUGCUUCAAAGAAUUGUCUAGCCACAUUAGAUAUAUUUGCUGGUUGUGGUGGCCUAUCUGAGGGCUUACAAAAAGCUGGGGCAUCUGUGACCAAGUGGGCAAUUGAAUAUGAAGAACCUGCUGGUGAUGCGUUUAAACUUAAUCAUCCUGAUGCGUUGGCAUUUGUGCAUAAUUGCAACGUGAUACUAAGGGCUAUCAUGACAGCAUGUGGGGACACUGAUGACUGUAUUUCAACUUCCGAGGCUGAUGAACUGGCUGCAAAGCUUGAGGAGGAUGUAAUAAAUAAUCUGCCUCGACCUGGACAAGUGGAUUUCAUCAAUGGUGGCCCUCCAUGCCAGGGGUUUUCUGGUAUGAAUAGGUUCAAUCAAAGCACCUGGAGCAAGGUUCAAUGUGAAAUGAUAUUGGCGUUUUUGUCCUUUGCUGAGUACUUCCGUCCCAAAUUUUUCCUAUUAGAAAAUGUGAGGAACUUUGUCUCCUUCAACAAAGGGCAGACAUUUCGUUUAGCUUUGGCUUCACUGCUUGAAAUGGGUUAUCAGGUGAGGUUUGGAAUACUGGAGGCUGGAGCUUUUGGUGUUUCUCAAUCACGCAAACGUGCAUUCAUUUGGGCAGCCUCUCCUGAAGAAGUACUACCUGAGUGGCCUGAACCAAUGCAUGUCUUUGCCGGUCCAGAACUUAAGGUCACACUGAACAGAAACACUCAAUAUGCUGCUGCUAGAAGUACUGCAACUGGUGCCCCUUUCCGAGCAAUAACUGUUAGAGACACAAUUGGUGAUCUCCCUGCUGUUGGAAAUGGGGCUUCUGCAGCAACUAUAGAGUACAAGAAUGAGUCUGUUUCUUGGUUUCAAAAGAGAAUUCGGGGAGAUGCAUCUGUGCUAACUGAUCAUAUAUCGAAAGAAAUGAAUGAGUUGAAUGUCAUUAGGUGCCAGAGAAUUCCCAAACGCCCUGGUGCUGACUGGCGAGACCUCCCUGAAGAGAAGGUUAAGUUGUCAACUGGACAAAUGGUUGAUCUUAUACCCUGGUGUUUACCAAACACAGCGAAAAGACAUAACCAAUGGAAAGGUCUGUUUGGAAGGCUUGAUUGGGAGGGAAAUUUUCCAACUUCUAUUACCGACCCCCAGCCUAUGGGGAAGGUUGGGAUGUGCUUUCAUCCUGAUCAGGAUAGGAUACUAACUGUUCGUGAAUGUGCUCGAUCUCAGGGUUUUCCUGAUAGGUAUAAGUUUUCUGGGAACAUUCAACAUAAGCACAAGCAGAUUGGAAAUGCAGUGCCUCCUCCUUUGGCAUAUGCAUUGGGUAGGAAACUGAAGGAAGCAGUAGAAGCAAAACAGAGGCAAUUGGAUCACCAUUCUUGUCUUUAGGAUCUGAUGGCUAAUGGCUAAUGGCUAAUGGCUAAUGGCUAAUGGCUAAUGGCUGAAUGUUGUAUAUACAACUGAAGUAGGUUCAGUUCAACUUUAUGGUGAGUAUGUAAUUGAUGGAAUUUGCUUAUAUUAUGGCCUACAAAGAAUUGGAAAAAUAUUGAGAUUAAAAUUGCAUUUUUAGCUACAAA